UCAACACCAACGCCGGACAACAAUCAAUUGCACACAGCACAUUCAGCAUUGAUCCAUAAUUCCAUUAUUAUUUCCAACGGUAUCUUCCUCGUAUUCCUCUUGUAAAAUUGGAACCGAACCUAUCAGACUGUCUAUCCCCAUCCUUCCUCGUUACUCCAUCUCACGCCUGACGACAACAUGUCGCUGUCACUCGAUACCGUUCUCCAGGUGAUCGAGAUUGUGAACAAGGCAGUUGAAAUGUACCAAAAGAUCCAAGACGCACCGGAACAGAUGCGCAAGAUAGGCAAACGCAUGGAACGGCUAAACGCCCUCCUCGCCCACCUCGAGCUAUUCCUGCGCGAGAAAAAAGAGCACGCCCUCGCCAGAUUGCGGCCAGCCCAGACAGAAGAGCUGCUAUCCAUCAUCGAGGACAUCCGCGACGACUCAUCCAAGGUACAGGCGCUGUUCUACAAAUGGAACAACGACAUCGGGCCCUUUGGAUUCCAGCUCCGCUUCAAGACCCUCGCGCAAGCUUACUUUGCGCUGGGCAGCAGCCCCGAGAAGCUCUCGGGCUUGGCGGAUGACAUCGAACUGCAUCGGCAGGAUCUGAGGGACCAUCUCCAGCUUAUGGGCUGCAUUGGGAUCAACGCUUUGCUUGUGGGCGGCAGUGUUGGAGCUGCUGCGCAGCAGAAUCUCGCUACACCGGGACCUACGACGAAUGCGGGCAGCGGGCCGAAGUUGCCGCUGUCGCCGUCACCUUCCCCUUCGCCUGUAGCUUCGCGGCAGGAUUACCGAGUUCUCUUUGUUGACCCUACCAAUAUCGCUCGGGGUGUCGUGGCGGAGGCUCUCAUGAAGCUACUCAAGGAGUGGACUCUCGGCGCAGGCGGCGAUUGGCGGGUGAAAAUCGUCCAUUCUGCAGGGUUCUUCGUCAAGAGAGGGAGUGAUGUCGUCGACACCAUCGACAGCCUCGAAUUCUCGUAUCCAUCCUACCGGCUUCCCAUGGCCGAAGGGAACAAGAAACCCAAGGAAGUUGCGUUGGCUGCGUUGUUUGAUAACGGGGCAUACAACUUCCCCUUCAAGAAGUCCGUCCAGGAACACAUAGGCGCGCAUCGAUCACGAGGUCUCCAGAAGGACGUGUUCAAAAAGUACGACUACAUCAUGGUGUUCACCGGGCGAGAGCACGAUAACAUGAUUAGGCUAAGGAAGGCUCUCGUGGCGAAGGAAGGGAAGGGGAUUACGCAGAAGGGGAAAGGCCGAAUCGUGCACCUCGGGCGGUAUCUAACUCUUGACGGCAUCCCUAGGGAGAUUGUGGAUGCACCCAAGGAUAAAGAUGGGAGGGAUAGUCGGGAGAACUGGAACUGGAAGGUUAGUCAGGUCAAAAUAGCCAUCAAAGGCUUUCUGAAACAAGAGAUGCGGUGGAAGCAGCCACAGAAUAGCGGGAAAUCUGGUUAAUACACAAGCCACAGUCAUAAGCUGAGUUGGAGGAUUACAUCUGAGUAGGAAUCCUUCUUGUUGGAAGAAGGACUGGUCAAUACUUGAUCCGCUCAACACACCCACCCGCUAUCGACGUUGUAGACGGCGCCAGUCACUAAGGAUGCCUCAUCGCUAUGCAAGAACGCAAUGACUCUCGCAAUCUCGAUAGAUUCCGCCCUCCUCUUCUGUGCAGUCACUUUCAGACCGCGUUUUACAAAAUGAAGGCUCUGCCGGGAUUGCACUCCUGGGUGUCAACCAGGAAGCUUCAGCAGCAGUAAAGGCCGAGACCGAGGGCGAACUCGACAAACGCCGAGACGAAUCAAGGGGGACACCAUGGAGGGUCAAAAUAUACCCC